UGCGCUUUCUUUCAACGGGUGUGUCUGUAGCAACCAUCACAUUAGCCUAAAUGACAACAUAUCACCGCCAGCUACGAGGCUGCUAACACCUCCCCUGACGGCACAAUACCCGCUGAAGAUAACCUGGACUACUGCAUGACUGGGGAUGUCUGCAGCCGACUGGUACGCCCACAAGUCGCUGGGAGACGGACUCUUCUGGAUCCAGGAGCGAUUCUACCAGUCGGAGAACCGAGCCAACAUCUGGCUUCUCCGCGGCACCCACCAGGACGUGGUCAUAGAUACGGGUCUGGGCUUGAGGAGCUUACCUGAGUACAUCGACGCCAACGGGCUGCUCGGGAAAGACCCGCAGAGGAAGAACCCGCUGCUGGCGAUUGCCACCCACGCCCACUUCGACCACUCGGGGGGUCUGCAUCAGUUCCAACAGGUGGGCGUCCACAGCGCGGAGGUCGAUGCCCUGGCGAACGGGGACAACUUCGAGACGGUUACCUGGCUCAGCGACAGGGAGAUAGCCGUGGCUCCCAGUCCGGGAUGGAGGGCGAGACACUACAAAGUCAAGGCUGUGCAGCCCACACACAUCCUGCAGGAGGGCGAUGUUAUUAACCUUGGUGACAGACAGCUGACGGUGCUUCACAUGCCGGGUCACUCUCGGGGCAGCAUCUGCCUCCACGACCGCGACAAUAAGCUGCUGUUCAGCGGAGACGUUGUGUACGACGGCGCCAUGAUUGACUGGCUGCCCUACAGCCAGGUCAGCGAUUACGUCAGCAGCUGCGAGCGUCUCAUUGGGCUGGUGGACAGCGAGCAGGUUGACCAAGUCCUCCCAGGACACUACAACACUUUCGGCGCGAAGCGGCUCCAUCGACUCUCGUCCGCGUACAUCAGCAGAGCCGGAACGUGCCCUGCGAAGUUCUCUACGCUUGUCUGGAGAACGCUGUCCGGUUGGGCUCUGCGGGCGUCCAACCCUCGCUGUGCCUGCUAAUGCGAGUGGAUGGCGAAGGCUCGUGGGAGGGGGGAAGCACAAUCGCACACAGAAAGACGCUUCAACGUAGAAGGACCUAAAAUGACGAAACGUGUAAUUUAACAGAACUCAUUUAAUUGCCAAACUCUAUAUAAAAUGUCUCACUUGAGUCAACAGCUUCCUAUGAAGUAUACAAUAUGAAGUAUUAAAGGUGUUAUUCUGUAAUGUAUUGAUCAGUAUGUGAAUGUUGGUGUUGGUAUGAUUUUUAGGUGUGUUUUUUUUUUAUAUAUAUUUUAAGCAAAUGUGAACUUAUAAUAGCACAACGAUAGUACAGCUGUGCACUACAAACAGAAAACAGGGAGCUUUGGGUUUUUCUCUGUGACAUUUCAGUCAGCAUGGCCAUAGCUUUCCUCUAUGCAGUCUGCAGUGAAGACCCAGCAGUGACUACCUCCUAUGUUUGUAAUUGUGCUUUGUACUGUUGAUUAUUAAUCUACGGCUUUGCUACGAAAUCUCUGACAAUAAAGUCUUUGCUCAGCCUGACUAUAUUAGUGGCCAUCUCUGUUGGGAUUUGAAGCGUUGGAGUGAAAUGAAGCAUUGGACCAAACAACUGUCUGAUGAAGUACUGAGGGCAACAUUUCUGUGAAAAGCUCCCGUAAUGAGGAUGACGCCGAUGACUACGAAGGUUAGAUUUGAAUUUUAAUGCCCACUGCACUGCAAAAAUGUACUUCAGUGUUGACCUUUGCUUUCCGUUUUUUUUUUUUGACACAUUACUACUUCAAUCGUUAGCAUAUUUUAUGAUUUCCUGUGAUUGAUCAAAAGUUAAAGUUGUUAUUAUAGUCCACACCACUACACAGUACAUUCUAUAACCACCUUUUGCUUUAACUGCAGCCGUGAAUCUUUUGGGCUUUGCCUCUUCCAGCUUUGCAGACGUAGAAAAUACCAGUACCUUUUUUAUUUUUUUUUUUCAAAGCCAUUGAAUCUUAAAUUGGCUAGAGAGCAUUUGUGAACAUAAAAACUUCUACUGAUUCCCAAAUGAGGUUCAUUUUAACACAAGUAUGCCUUGACCUAUACCACAGUAUUGCAUGGCUAAUGUUGUGUGGAAAGGUCAGACCUACAGUCCAUUUUUCAUGUUCUAAUUUUGUUAUUGUAAAACGUCCAGAUGCUUUUUGGCUAAUUAGAUUGAUAGAUUACACUUCAUUUUACACUUUCCCGCUAAGUAAUUAUGGAUGCAUGAAUAAUUGGAUGGUUAAACAGAUAAAUAUGGUAGAUGGAUAGAACGGUGCAUGACACUGUUGUUUCUUCAAACAUAUCCAGACAUGGAAAGUAUUUAAAUCAAGCUUCAUAUUUUCCAGACUGUGUGGGAAGAGGAGAACCGCUGCUCCAAACCUCCAACUCUUUUGCAACCUCCAACAUAUUUUCAACCAAGAUUCCCCGUUAAUUUCCUUCAUUUCCUUUUGACCGUCCCUGCCAACGGAAACCAUUCCCACAGCAAGAUGCUGCUACUACCAUGCUUGUGCAUUUCUGAAUGACAAAUACAGAUGCGUAAAGCCGGGGUAGUUUUAAAACUAUAAACAUUUAUUUUAAUUAACGUUAUAUUAUUUAAAUGUGACAUUUCUCAUUUUGUACUCAACCUUUUACAGAUGCUGCAUACGCGGGACACACAAAACCUGCAAAAGAGGGAGAGUCUUAACAGUGUUAAUCGUUAUUAACAAAGAUUUGCACAUUAUCUGUUAAGCUUCUGAUCAUCACACAUCUGUACAGUUGCAUUUAUAAAAUCAGCUAUGUAACAAAAUGACAGAGCGAGGUUUAUCUGUUAACUUACAAAAUAAUUUACAGUAACAAAUGCUUGUUCGGCGUAUCUCAGUAAAUAUGAGCCCACAAUGAUUGACAGACGUGGAGAAAAAAAAAAAAAAAAAAAAAAAAAAAAAGGGAUUCACCGACAGUCAUAAACUCCCAUUUGAAAUUUGGUUUAUUCAAAAAAUGUAAAAACAAAAAGAAAUGGUGAGAACAAUUGCAGUUAAGAAAAAUAUAGGGGUGGAAAUGUGACGCGACGUCUGCACUUACAAUCCCAUACCUGGUAUGUAGAAGAAAAAGUUUCCAAAACGGAGCCGACAUCUAAAGAUUUUCCUGUUUGAUAUUAAUGGAGUCGUGGCUUAUUUUGGAUGUUCCCCUUAGACUCGCAGGCGGAAAACGCCACACUGAAACCAGGCAAUACACUGCCAGGGUGCCGGUGCAGCAUGACACUGAGUUUGGAUUGGGGUUUUCUAUUAAUGCCUUACUUCGACUACAACCACUUGGUUCUGACGUCAGCCCUCCAGUGAUGUGCAGAUAAAGGUGAAACCCAAAGCAAAGAGUUAUUUUUUUUCAAUUCUGAAAAUGUCAGUCAGAACCAGUACAGUAAAUAUAAACACCUGCAUUUAACUUCCCCCAAAUUCACCGUUAGUAUGAUCACAGGUAGUUCGACGUCUAACCAAUAGAACAAAAUGCUGCAUAGUUGUUUUAAAAGACUCUUCUGGCGUGUGAAUAAGUGAGUACACUGAAGCAGGAGUCACAGAACAGGCAACAAACGUUAACCUCCCAUCAACCUAAAAGAGCAGAAUCGCUGCGGAGCAAAACUGCACAAACGGGGUAUGUCGUUUAAAAUCCCACGCCUUGUAGUCCCUGAAUAACAAACUGUAGCUCCUACUGUACUUCUAAGGUCAUUGCCCUGCUGAGAGGUAAGGCAAACCUCCACUCGAGUCUUUUUGCAGCCGGUUGUCCCUGCUAAAGAAAAAUCUUCCCACACCAUGAUGCUGCCACCACCCGUGUUUUACCAUGUGUAUCUGUUAAUAAAAUCAUAAAUAUGUAAAUCUUUCCUGUGAAGUGCUCUUUUGCUCCAAGUCACAGACCCCCCUGCAGCAGAAACACUUCACAUUUUAUAACAUAAUAAAUUACAUUCAGAUAAAGUAUGACUGGGACAACAAGAGAGAUUUUUACCUUAAAAUGAUGUUUCAGUGGAUGGUAAGGAUGGAAAAGGGGGG